AUGUCCAGGUCGGCAGAAGCUGCUCAAACCUUCUGUAAAGAUGGGCCUUGUACGCAACCCUACGAACCAGGUACUUGCUGCAUUUGGCGCCUCGCAUUCAACACUUGCCCUGUUUCGCCAAAUUACACCAAUUCCGAAUUCUGUGCACCGUGGCUGCCGACGAAUGGCAUUAUCGUCGGCUACACGCAGCCCCUCUUUGGGCUCGCCUCGCGCGCAUUCUGGAACACUACAAUACCAGCAAUGGUUUUACCGGGUAAAACUAUUAUCAUGGCUACCUUCUUCCUUGGUCAUUUGAAGAUAUCCACCACUACGAGCAUCAUCUCAGUUCUCCGGGCUGUGUGUGGCGACGGUUCGUGCGAGCCAAAUCAAAACGAGACGUGCUUGAGUUGCCCCGAGGACUGCGGUGCCUGCAGUCUAGAGGCCCGGGUCGGCGGGGCCAUCAUCGCAGUGGUCUUUCUCGUCUUCAUGGGGGCUGGCACCAUUGGCUUGUUUUUCUUCCGUCGAAGUCGACUAGCACUUUGGGAUAAUUCGUGGAUUGUUUUUCGUGAUAAAGUCACCAUAAUUGAACACGAAAGCCAAAAGGCCUCUCACACUAUGAUUGAGGAAAGUACGGAGGGCGCAGAGGGCGAGGCCGCAUCGAAGCCAUUUGUCUACGGAAAAAUUGGAGAUACUUUGGUAUCAAUCAAAAGCGUCGAACGUGACCAAGUUCUCCUGACCAAAAAACUUCGCAAGGAGAUAAAGACGAUGAGACAACUGAACCAUCGCAAUGUGUGUCAACUCGUGGGCAUUUGCCUGGAACCGCCCGAAAUAGUAAUCUACAUGGAAUACUGCCCCAAGAGAAGCUUGCGAGACGUCUUGCGCAAUGAGGUGAUGCCAACGAGUUGGGCAUUCAAGCUCUCGUUAAUUCAUGAUAUCGUAUCUGGGGUCGAACACCUACACACACACGGCUUCAUUCAUGGCCGUCUCAACACACAAAAUUGUGUUGUUGAUGACCGUUUAACUUGCAAAAUUACUGACUUUGGACUGGAGUGUCUUCGCUACAAUAAACCCGAAGACAAGUUGGAGACGUUUUUGGACGACCCACGAAACUGGGCAUUUAUUGCGCCGGAGUAUCGCGGUGAAACCGUCACACCACCGCACAUUCGGAUGGAUUCUUACAGUUAUGGAACGAUCAUGUGCGAAGUCGCUCAACUUCGUGAACUUAUAAAGUUCUGCUGGAGCCCGCCGGAGACACGGCCUUCAUUUGAUGUGAUUCGAAUGAAAAUGGAACUCAUCAAUCCCAGGCGAAAAAAUCCAAUUGACAUCAUACUCAGCCUUGUAAGUCUAUCACCACGCUUUAACUGUUUCCGACUGCAAUUUGGAUCGGCGGCUGAUUUUAAAACUCAUUAA